AUGUCAAACUCAUUCGAUGUGGACCACGUCCUCGCCAAUAUUAGCGAGUCGGAUAAGAUCGCUCUGCUGUCUGGCGCCGACUUUUGGCACACGCACGCCAUUCCUGACUUCGGUGUCGCUUCAAUCCGCGUCACCGACGGGCCCAACGGAAUUCGAGGCACCAAGUUCUUCGCGGGGGUUCCGGCGGCAUGUCUACCCUGCGGAACAGCUCUGGGUGCUACCUGGGACCAGGAUCUCCUCUAUCAAGCCGGAGCCUUGUUGGGCGACGAGUGCAUUGCAAAGGGGGCACAUUGUUGGCUGGGCCCAACGAUCAACAUGCAGCGUGCCCCGGUGGGCGGUCGCGGAUUUGAAUCCUUCGCAGAAGAUCCUCAUCUCUGCGGCACUAUGGCAAAAUCUAUCAUUCGUGGAUGUCAGAGUAAAGGGAUCGCUUCGACCGUGAAACAUUUUGUGUGUAAUGAUCAAGAGCACGAACGGCGGGCAGUUGAUGUGCUUGCCACCCAGCGAGCUCUGCGCGAGAUUUAUUUGCGACCAUUUCAGAUUGUGGCCAGAGAUGCAAAGCCUGCGGCCAUCAUGACUUCCUACAACAAGAUCAAUGGGAAGCAUGUAGUGGAGGACAAACGCAUGAUCAGCUUGAUUCGGGAGGAAUGGCAAUGGGAUCCGCUGGUGAUGAGCGACUGGUACGGAACAUACACCACGAUAGAUUCCAUGAAUGCCGGGCUGGACCUUGAGAUGCCUGGCCCUUCCAGGUACCGAGGGCGGUACAUUGAAUCAGCCGUACAGGCUCGUCUCAUCAAACAAUCGACUAUCGAUGCGCGGGCGCGCAAAGUGCUCGAGUUUGUGAAACAUGCCAGCCAAGUCCAAGUAUCCGAAGUCGAACGGGGUCGCGAUCUCCCAGAGGAUCGGAGAUUGAAUCGCGAACUUUGUGCGAGCAGCAUCGUCCUUCUCAAGAAUGAAGGCAUCCUGCCUCUUCCACAGGGGAUCAAGAAGAUUGCUUUGCUCGGAUCUCACAUGAAAACUCCUGCAAUUUCAGGGGGAGGCAGCGCCUCUCUCAAGCCAUACUACGCUGUCUCACUCUACGACGCCUGCGUUGAAGCGCUCCCUCAUGCGCAGGUACUUUUUGAGCCAGGUGCAUAUGCUCACAAUAUGCUGCCCGUGAUCGACCGCCUACUGGAAAAUGCUGAGAUUGACUUUUAUAACGAACCAGUUGGCCAAGAGCGACGUCUUAUCAGCACGGAGCCCGUCUCCAGCACGGCCUUUCAGUUCAUGGAUUACAAUGCCCCAGGCCUUAACCGUGGGCUCUUCUGGGCAACCUUGAUUGGUGAGUUCACGCCCGAUGCAUCUGGAGUGUGGGAAUUCGGGUUGAGCGUCUUUGGAACGGCGAAUUUAUACAUUGACGAUGAGCUGGUCAUCGAUAACACGACAAGCCAAACGCGUGGGACGGCGUUCUUCGGCAAGGGUACCGUUGAGGAACGUGGCUGGAAGGAAUUGGUGGCGAACAGCACGUACAACGUUAGAAUUGAGUUCGGCUCCGCCAACACGACCACCAUGAAGACGGUCGGGAUGGUGAACUUUGGCGGUGGUGCCUGUCACCUGGGGGCCUGUCUUCGAAUGGACCCGGAGAGUAUGGUCGAAAGAGCCGUACAGGCCGCCAUUGACGCCGACUACGCUAUAAUCUGCACCGGGCUCAACCAGGACUGGGAGUCGGAAGGGUUCGAUCGUCCUCACAUGGAUCUUCCGCCCGGAGUGGACCAGCUAAUUGCCAGAGUCCUCGAUGUCGCUGCGGACAAGACCGUCAUCGUCAAUCAAUCUGGUACCCCGGUGACCAUGCCAUGGGCAAGCCGGGCUCGUUCCAUUGUACAGGCUUGGUAUGGGGGCAACGAGACUGGACAUGGGAUCGCUGAUGUCCUCUUCGGAGCGAUGAAUCCUUGCGCCAAACUGCCCUUGUCGUGGCCUGCGGACGUGCGACACAAUCCGGCGUAUCUGAAUCAUGCAAGCGUGGGCGGCCGCGUGCUGUACGGGGAGGAUGUUUAUGCAGGGUAUCGCUUUUACGAGAAGACCGGCCGAGAGGUUCUGUUUCCAUUUGGUCACGGCCUGUCCUAUACAACUUUCCAGGUUUCAGAUCAGGUCUCCAUUAACCCAACAACCUUCACCAUGGACUUCCCCCCAGUCGCGACCGUGCAUAUUCAAAACACUGGCCCUAGAGCUGGAGCCCAGAUUCUCCAGCUUUACAUUUCUUCCCCCGAGUCUCCUACUCCACGCCCGGUCAAGGAGCUGCAUGGAUUCGAGAAAGUGUUCCUUCAGCCAGGCGAGGGAAAAAUGGUGGCAAUACGGCUGGAUCGUUACGCGACGAGCUUCUGGGACGAGAUCGAGGAGAUGUGGAAAAGCGAAGCGGGCCGGUACGAGGUUCUGGUCGGGUUCUCCAGUCGGGAGGUGGUCGCGCGAGGCGAAUUCCACGUGGAACGUACCACAUUAGAGGCAUGGGGCGCCCGAAUCCUGGACGCGGUCGAGCGUCAAGAACGGCUUCUGUCGGAGAACUUGACGGCCAGUAAGGCGCAAACUUUCCCUGUGCAGCAGGCCUCACCGUCGUCGGUAGAAGAUGUAGAUCCCGAGUCCAUCUCGCGCAACGAUGCGCCCAAAACGCCGAUUACUGGGUCCGACAUGAUUCUCAGUUGGCCCAUUUUCCCAAAGGAUAAGCCUGUGUCCACAUUUCCCAUCUCCGCUCACUCAGAAAAGCCCGAUCGCUUUCAAACGAAUCUACCAAGCUUCGAUCCCCAGAGGGUCCUUGAAUUACGGAACAUCUUUAUGACGAAGGUGUGGACCAAGAAUCCGAUCAUAGAUGCGGAACAACUAGAUUUCUACAUCGCUCGGGUGCUCGAAAAUGGGAUCGACUGGUCGGCAUCCUCGUGUCUCUUGUUACUGGUCUUCGCUCUUGCAGCUAUCUGGGGCAAUUAUCCCGACGACGAGACCCGCGAAAUAUCCUACAGUGAGCCUUCUUUUGGCCGACCAGUCACAUAUCUGACAAUGUCAAUACCUGAAGAGCGACUGAAAGAGUCCCUGGCCUUUCUUUCAAUGGCGCGACAACGUCUGUACACGGCCUAUCUGGACGACUCUUUACUGGGUGUGCAGUGUCUUUGCUUGUUCGGCAUCUGGUACCAGUACAAUAUUGAGCCAAUUCCAGGUUGGAAGAUGUUUCGAGCAGCAUCCACACUUUGGCAGACCUAUCGACUCAAGUAUCAGGAGGCGAGGACAAGUCGGAGUGCGCAGGAAGAGAGUUUGGAGCAAAGACUGUAUUGGACGUGUCUGAAGUCAGAAUGUGAGGUCCGCUAUGAACUGACGGACCUACCACCCUGCGAGCUCAGCCUGGCAGAUUUCCCCUAUGACCUUCCAAGUUUCCCCAUGAGACAGUCUCCAAGCAACGGUCACGGGUGGACAACAUCAAGCUUGCCAUCUACCGAUUUUGAAGCGACCUCCUCGUACUAUUUUCUCUCGGAAAUCUUCCUGCGCCGGCUUCUCAAUCGGAUACGGAACGCAGUCUGUGUCCUCUCUCCCGAAAUUGACGGGGCGACUGUCCAAGUUCUCGUCAAGACAUUGACGCAGCUGGAAGGUCAACUGCAGCAAUGGGUCGACUGCCUUCCAACGUCACUUCGAUUCGACAUGCCCCUGGAGUCACCUCCACGACCUCACGAGGAGGAACUCAUGAAGCUUGCUCGCGAGCGAUACGUGGAGGUUCGUGAAUUACUUUGCCGCGUGUAUCUAUACCUGUGUAUUCAUGUGCCCUUGGAUCGGGAUAUGGCCAUUCUGUAUGGGGCUAAAGCCAGCGAGUCGCUCCGGCUCUCCGUUUAUCGCAUCCGGCACGAAGUACCUUUUUUCCGGCAUCCGGGGUCGUGGGGAGCGUGUCGAGUCCGUUUCAAUCACGCACUAUGUCUCAUCGCAGGAUUCCGUGCAAAGCUGAUGCGGUGUCCUUCGGCUGAGUAUGUGAACAUCCCCCCAGAUUGGGCAGACUGUGUGCGGGCAGUCAUAACACGAUUGAAGAUUUGGGGAGACGAGGGUGGGGGAAUCAAGGAAUUAAGCGAGCUAUUGGAGUGGCUCAUGACAAUACAUAGCUUCCUAGGCUUAUAG